AACCGUUGACCCGGACGUAGCCCCUUAAGUAUAUAAAGUACACGUACUAUCAACGUACAGUACAUGUGCUGCUGCCCACUGAUUGCCAUAGACUGUGUGCAGUUCGUUAUCACGAUGAAGAAAGAAGGGGUUAUCGCCCUUCUCCUAUUCAUGAUUAUGGCGCAUGACGGUACGAGCUUAUUUCUUCACCGAGGGGACAUGAAAUUACAUGACGAAUGGGCCAUCAGGCCAACAGCGUCAACCUAUCAGAUUGGAGAGAUAGAUAUAGAGGCCAUAAUCAACGCUGAACUAACUGGUCCCAUUAACAGCGGGUUCACUGACGUCCUUGGUCACCUUUACGGCAAACGACUAGAGGGGCUACAGAGGAAGUAAUCCAAAGUUAACAAGUAACCGAUUGUCACACCGACUGACUUUUCGCUGGCUACUGUUGUAACUGAAAUAAAUAAAUGUUAAUAAAGCCAUUCACUGAGAGUUUCAAC